AUGCCCAUAAAAAGUGACAAGGAAGAUCUCUCCGACCCUGAUCAAUUUAUUGAUAAUUAUGAAGACGAAGAUGAAGACGAUGAUGAAGUUCUGACAUCAGAAGGGGAAGAUCUACCCGACUCAACCACCGGGCACGACCAAAAAGGUGAUUCACGAGAUGAUGACAGUUGCGAUGAAAGCCAGCAUGAGAAGAACACACAGCAGGAGACAGGAGGCGAAGCAGCAAACAGUAAGCUAAAAACAAGAGGGUUAAAGAAAAAGGCUGGUGGUAAAACAAGACAGGUGAAAGUGAAAGUGAGAAGGGUUAAAGCUAACGCCAGGGAGCGAAAUCGCAUGCAUGGGUUGAAUUCGGCUCUUGAUGAACUGAGAAAAUAUGUCCCAUGUCAGUCUAAGACACAGAAACUGUCCAAGAUUGAAACACUUCGUCUGGCCAGAAACUACAUACAUGCCCUAGCGGAGAUCCUCAAGUCUGGUGUCCGUCCAGACAGCUUUAGCUUUGCCAAAGCGCUGUCACGAGGGCUGUCACAGAACACUAUGAACACGGUGGCAGCAUGUCUCCAGUUAAAUCCACGGACACUGCUGCCAGAUUCAGCCUAUCCCAAGCCAUACCAGUUUAUGUAUGACAAUUAUUUAGAAUUCAGCGGCAGGUAUUCAGUUGAUCCCUACUCAGUGUUUGCCUUUCAAGAACUUGGCAGCAACUUUACCGAGCUGCCUUUCACUGGCCCUGACCAAUUUGGAAACCAUAAGCCACUGAUGCCUUUCAUGUCGCUAGAAAAUGCUUGCCUUCCUAGUUCGUGCCUACCAUAUCAACACCUCGUUUCACAAGAUCAAAAUGACAGUGUUUCUGCUGGUGAAACUAACGUAAACAACAGUUUGUGCGUCCAUAAUUCUUUCUUUUCACCACAAUAUUUACCAUCUGGAAUUCGGGAAGACAAAGUUCACAGAAGCACAACUUUACAGGCACAUACGAAAAUGCAGGAGGUAUAUAAUGUUGGAAGUUCAAACAAUCUAAUGAAACCAAGUGAGCCCCGGUUUCAAGGAUGCAACAAGGAAACCCAGGUGUCGACAUAUCUGGAGUCUGUCAACAUCGAUAGCUUGCACAGUUUUCCCAUGCUACAAAGUGGUGGCAUCUAUGCAUCAACAUCUGCGGUGCAGCAGUGUUAUAAAGACAGGCGUUUUGAGGCUAAUUACGACGCCACUGUUUCUAGCACCGUUGGAGGCCAUUCGAACAAUCGAGUUAGCAAUUCGUGUCAUCCGGGCCCAGUGUCUGCUCUAUCAGUUGAAGACUGCUGCCAAUCAACUUCUGCAAUACUACUGCCUGAUGACCUUAUUGAGUUAAGUCCCGAGUCAUCCCUGGGAAAUGAUUACGCAGUAAUAGCGUGUGCUGGUAGCAUCUUUUAA